AUGGUCCGAGAUCUCCGCCGACAUGUACCUCGAGCUCAAGAAGGCAUGAUCGACGCGGACGACAACGAGAAGAUCCAGAAGGAGGAGGUGGAGGCGCUGCUGUGCGGGUUGGGGGUAGAGCGGCCAAGCAGGGAGGAGCUCCGACUGAUGCUCGUGGAGGUCGACCGCGACGACGACGGGUGCAUCACGUUGGAGGAGUUCCACGCGAUCAGGUCGGCUUUCACGCCGCCGACGUGCGACUCGGAGCUGAGGGACACGUCCUCGGAUCGGGACGUGCGGAUCACGGCGGGGGAGCUGUUCAAUGUGUUCCAGACGACCUUUAUGAAAUCUGUUAUAAUUUUUUGGAUAUUCCGAAUAGAUUAUAGAUUCUGGUCAAUCUGUUUGAUUUUUUUGCGUAUUCAAAAAAACUUGCAGAUUUUAUUAAUGUAUAUCGAAUUUGAAAAUAACGAAUCUGAUUUUAUUUGA